AUGCUGAACUCCGCGACGACCCAAUCGUCCACGUCCCCGGCGCGCAGCCAUAGUGGCACAAAGCGUCCAUACCCUUCCGACGAGACAGAUGCCGUCCGCCCAUAUAAAAAUUCCCUUCCUCGCAUUGAUCGCCCAUCCCAGAAGUCCCCGGUAGACUCGUCACCUGUACGAGACCGGGAAGAGAGGCCUCCGCGGAACUCUUCGACCAUAUUCCCCUCGUUUCGCAGCGUGUCCGCAUGCCAUCGGUGCCGCAAUCGCAAAAAUCGGUGCGAUCAGCAGCUUCCGAGUUGCCACUUGUGUGAGAAGGCUGGAGUGCCCUGCAUUGGAUUUGACCCGAUAACGAAGCGAGAGAUUCCAAGGAGCUAUGUUUACUUCCUUGAAUCACGGGUGAAUUACUUGGAAAAGCUGCUGGGCGACAAUGGAAUUGAAUUCGCACCUCCCAAGGCUCACGAAGGAGAAACGAAAGCCAAGGCCACCGCGUACUCACCCAGUGCAGAUUCUACGGCUGGUGAGGAUUCUCAAUUGAGCAAGCGAUCCGGAUCGCUCGAGUCUCCCGGUGUAGCCAGAAGCGGGACCGACAUUGAAAUCAAAAAUGAAGAAAAGCAAGCUGAAAGUCAAAGGAAUGCUGUGCACGCCAACGUCCAACAAGAGGCUGCCUCUGACCAUAAGCGGCGAACACCGGAUUCCAAUAGAGGCUUGGACAAUUUGGUUUCGAAAAUCGGCAUGGUUCCAGUCCACGGCGCGUCUGAUUCGAGGUAUCUCGGUUCCACCUCGGGCAUCUCGUUUGCUCGCGUGGUCUUUGCAGCUGUAAGAAGUUCAGUUUCAUCCAGUACAUCGGAGCGUGGGGCGAUGCGUCCGAGUUCACGUCGGGCCUCUACUGCUCCUGGUAAUCAUGCAAAUUCAAUGAGAGACUCGUUUUUUGGGCUGCAAGCCAGACCGUCUAUGAAUCGCGCGCCGUUCCCUGAUUGCGCGCUGGCUCGUCGCCUUGCGAAUCUUUAUUUCGAGCAUGCAAACCCUCAGGCUCCAAUCCUUCACAGAGUGGAGUUCAUGGAACUGUUUGAGCGUGUUUACUCUACGGAAGAGAAAGCUCGGUCCUCUCGCGACCUCUAUACUCUAAAUAUCGUCUGUGCAAUUGGCGCGGGCAUUAUUUAUGAUGUCAAAAGAGAUGAGGUUUCUUCUCGUAACGAGGAUCGUCCCGAUAAUGACACGCCAUCUUCACUAAACUCUGAGGGGCAAGACCUUCCUUCCGGCCAUCAGUACCAGCCGGAGGAAUACCACGCUUCCGCCAUUUUACAUCUUGAGUCAUGUUUCAGCUCGCCUUCAGCUGCGGAUGGAUUCAUUGGCGGCCUAGAGGAGCUCCAGGCCGUCUUAUUACUAGCGAGCUUCGCACUUCUUCGACCUGUGGCUCCGGGUUUAUGGUAUAUAGUAGGAGUAGCAGUACGGCUGGCCAUUGACUUGGGUUUGCAUCAUGAAGAUGGCACUGGUCUUGACUUUGUCGACGAAAACUUAACAUCGCACCAAUUACAUCGACGGGAAAGCGUGAAAAGCGGGAAGGGUCAGGCAAGUGAAGCGUCCUUGGGUAAGCAUAGCAUCCACGCACGAGAACGCGGACGGCGCGAAUGGAUACGAGAUCUUCGCCGUCGUUUGUGGUGGAGCGCAUAUUCCUUCGACCGCCUAGUCAGCACCUGUGUUGGGCGACCGUUUGGAAUUUCGGACGAAGUCAUCACGACAGAGUUCCCUUCCCUCCUCGACGACAAAUAUAUCACCAAAGCAGGCUUUUUAACCCCUCCCCCCGGCGAAAAUGCAAGCUAUAAGCAAGUCUCAUACCACUACUUUAAAUUCCGUUUACUGCAGUCUGAAAUUCAGCAGGUACUUCAAUAUCAGCAAGCUAACAUGGCACGGAGGUCAAGCACCAACCGGAAUAAUGUGUCGUCCACAAAGAUGGACCUUCCUUCACCCUUUCUUCAAAAGUUUGGCUCUUUUCGCUCAUGGAGACAAGAUGUUCAUCGUAGGUUGGAUGAGUGGAUGCAAUCUGCACCUUCUUCCGAGAUAAUUGGUGUCAAGUUUUCCGUCGAGUUCUUGGAACUCAACUAUUGGCAAGCAUUAACUAUGCUUUAUAGACAGAGUCUAGUGGUUCCCGCGCCAUUGGCUGCCGAUCUCAACCAGGCAGAGCAUGUUAUGAGCCCGUCCCUGGCGAACAUUGAAGACAGCGAGGAUGAAGACGACAUAUAUGCCAAGGUUGCCGAAGCAGGUCAGAGGACGUUGAGAUUAUAUCGUCAAUUGCAUCGUGUCCGGCUUGUAAAUUAUACGUACCUUGCAACACACCAUCUGUUCAUGGCAGGCAUAUCAUUCCUCUAUGCAAUAUGGCAUUCACCGGUGGUUCGAAGUCGCCUCACUCUCGAUGAUGUCGACUUUACUGUUUUAGGUGCCAUUUCAGUUUUGGAAGACUUGAUGGAAAAGUGCCCUCCUGCCGAAGCAUGUCGAGAUGUGUUUGAGCGAAUGAGCAAGGCUACGGUUCAAAUGUGUUUGUCCACGACUGGCUUCGGCCUAUCAUCCCGCACAGGGGAAGAUCCCUCUAUUAUCGCAGGGAAGAGUGGUCAAGGUCCUAAACGACAAGGUGAUGCACCUCGAAUCCCAACAGGUCUACGUGUCGAGCCCGACACAUCUCCAAACAUUCAAUCUACGGUUACGGCGCCGAUACCGUGCGAAGCAAGAGGCCCCGACUAUCACGAUGUUAAUCAUGAUCCCCGCCUUCUGCCCAAUUCUUCUUUUCCUUCGAACAGCAUGAGUCCAACAGAAUAUCCUAGAAACUAUCAUGAUCAACACACAUCGAAGCAGUUUUUGCCACAACCUCCACCUAUAACAGACAGGGCCUCCUUUAAUACCAUGCAACAACAUCUUUACACUAACAGUUCUACUUCCGCCCAUCACCAACAAGAAUCCGCUUAUGUUAACCCUUUUACAACGCAAUCCCCUCUGCACGCGUAUAGCGCUCCUCCCCAAACCUAUCUACCAGACCUCGACUUUCUUAAUUUCGAUACCCGUUUGGACCACGAACAACUAUACGCCGCAUCAACUGGCAUCGACCUUGACACGUUCCCUAUAUCCUCGCCUUUUGGAAUUGGUGGCGGCUCGUCGGACACGGGUGUUGAUUUGGGCUUUGGCAUGACUGUUGGCUUGCAGCACGACUGGAGUGAAGGCGCUGGGUAUGGCCUCUUUGGUGAAUUCUUCUUUGGAAAUGGCGCUGCGGGGAACUAA